AUAAUGUAACGGCUAAGUUACUGACAGCCGGCAUGCGACGCAGCAGCAACAAUGUAUACACUUCAGUCUAAAUGUAUGUACAAUUGCGCUCCAUGGACUGGAUAUGCAUAUGACAGUAUGCAUGGUGGAUGUGCGAAUGUGUUGUAUGUACAAUAUAUGUAUGCCGCUGCUGCAACUCUUCGAUCUCCUUUCAAUUCAAUCCGGUCGUCUCGCAUGGCGGCUUUGUCAGUGUGCUCAAGCUACAUUUUAAAUUGACUCAUUUUUCAUUCGUCUUCAUCUAAUUAGGCAGGAUCCUUGUGUAUAUGCGCCGGUCUGUGUAGGGUGAUGUUGCAUCGUACUCACACAGUACAUCGUCGAGAUUCCAAUUGCACACUAUUUUGCCAUACCCAGCCCAAAUAAUCAAAUAGCCCCACAUAUACAGUCUAUACACAGACACGCAUUCAGGAAAUGCCAGUCAAGCGAUCGGAGAUUUUUUGAUCCUACGCCUUAAAUACAACCGUUUUAUCGAACUACUGCAUAUCGCUCAAUCCGCCCGGGCGCCGUCUUUUGUACUGGUUCCGGGGAAGAAAUCGCGGGAUUUAAAUACAGCAUUAUUCCCGAAUUAUUUAACGCGCGUCGGUACGUCAAGUCAUCCGUAUAUACUGCCGCCGCAAUCGCGGGUCGAGAGUUUUCGGGAAAGUCAGAAUUGAUGAGAUAUGUUGUGUAUCUGCGGUUGAGACAUUUUUAAUGUUUACGGCAAGAGAUUGACAUUCGCCAACAUGACAUUCAACACCGUGCAGCGUCGGCAUUACAUCACUGCUCCACUUGGCAUGCUCAACAUUAUAUUGUGCAUAAUUGUAUUUGAUUAAGGCAACGCGGCGUUGUCCAUCACGUUUUCGUGUACCGGCUACAUCCAGCAUUUUCCCGUAAUUAUAUAUAAUUAUCUCACAGGAAGGUGAGGGUUGUUGUGCUGGGAAAAUUAUCAUUCCAGAGUCAACAUUUGUGCAUCUAUACCCAUGCAACCCAGUCGAUGGUUCAAGAAAAGUUCGGAGGACAAAAGCCAAGUGCCGUCGGGCGCCUCACCGCUGAGCACGCGUGAUCCCAACACAGCGGAGAACCAACGCUCUCCGACGACCAACACGCUGCAGAUGGCUCCCGCGCUGUCCAACAGCAGCAACAAUACCAACACCAACAAUGCAUCCGGUACAAUCAAUAUUCCCGUGACGCAUACGUCCACGGCGGGUCUGUCCAAGUCGCCCAAUAAUGGCCCACCGCCGCCACUGCAGCCCAAACCCAACAGCAAAGGGACUGCUGCUGCUGCCACAGGGCCGCACAACAAUGAGAAGGAGAAUGGGUUUAAAGUGAUAAUUAACCACACGAACGUAACGAAUCCCUCCGAGCGACAUUUGGAGAUGCUGCCCAAGUUGAAGGACACGGCUGAUCCACUGGAAAAGGAGCAGCUUUUCAUUCAAAAACUCCGCCAGUGCUGCGUUAUCUUCGAUUUCACCGAUCCACUCAGUGAUAUCCAGUACAAGGAUAUCAAAAGGAACGCCCUGCAAGAAAUGAUUGAUUACACAUCCACGAACCGCAACGUCCUCACGGAAGCCAUCUAUCCCGAAAUGUUCAACAUGAUAAGUGUUAAUCUGUUCCGGACUUUACCGCCAUCUGCCAAUCCCAUCGGUGCUGAAUUCGACCCGGAAGAAGACGAGCCGACACUGGAAGCGUCGUGGCCGCAUCUGCAGCUAGUCUAUCAAGUGUUCCUCCGCUUUCUGGAAUCUCAGGACUUUCAGGCCAAUCUGGCCAAGAAGUACUUGGACCAUGCCUUCAUCAUCAGUCUCCUCGAUCUCUUUGACAGUGAAGAUCCACGGGAGCGCGAUCUCCUCAAGACCAUUCUCCAUCGUAUCUACGGCAAAUUUCUCAUGCUCCGUGCUUUCAUACGCAAACAGAUUAAUAAUGCAUUUUAUCGAUUUAUCUAUGAAACGGGUCGGUAUAAUGGUGUUGGCGAGUUAUUGGAGAUACUUGGCAGCAUUAUUAAUGGCUUUGCGUUACCGCUCAAAGAAGAACAUAAGAUUUUUCUGGUUAAAGUCCUCUUGCCUCUUCAUAAAGUCCAGUCACUGGGAGUCUUUCAUCCUUGUCUCGCCUACUGUGUAGUGCAGUUCCUGGAAAAAGAUGCCAGUUUAACGCAACAGGUGGUUAGGGGAUUAUUAAAGUUUUGGCCGCGCACGGAUAGUCCCAAGGAGGUUAUGUUUCUCAAUGAGAUGGAGGAGAUUUUAGAUGUGAUAGAACCGAGUGAGUUCCAAAAGAUCAUGAUUCCUUUAUUCCAACAGCUGGCGCGGUGCAUUGGCAGCUCCCAUUUUCAGGUGGCCGAACGGGCGUUGUAUUACUGGAAUAAUGAUUAUAUUUUAAAUCUUAUGCGGGAUAAUGCUCAGGUCUUGUUGCCGCUAGUGUUCCCUGCACUGUACCGAAACAGCAAAACGCACUGGAAUAAAACGAUUCACGGUUUGAUAUACAACGCCCUGAAAUUAUUCAUGGAGAUGAAUCAAAAGCUGUUCGAUGAUUGUUUCAAGCAAUACAAAAUUGCAAAAGCUAUGGAAAGAGAACGAAUGCGUGAGCGAAAAGUCGCAUGGACGAAAAUUCAUCGAAAAGCAUCUUGCAAUCCCGCUUUUGCACAACUGGCUAAAGAUUUCAAUCUGGAUUUGGACUUCUUGGAUGAAGCGUAUUUCGGAAGUGAUACUGACGCUACCGGUGUGGAAGAUGAACGUUUUGAAAUGUCGGAGCAGCCCAAGAAGGAGAAUCCGGCUGUACUGUCCGUAUCGGAAGCCAUUAAACAGUCACUUCGAAUCGAGGAGAAAAAAGACAACACUCGGCGCACUGAUCGGCCACUUAUCCGGCGGAAAUCAGAGUUACCCCAUGACGAAACAACCGCACGCAUGAUUGAAGAUCAUAAAAAGAAUGAAAUUAUCCCUGCCCCCGCCAUUGCUGCCCAUGCCAUACCGGCUGCCCCCGCUCCCAUCCCCGUGGCUACCGAUGCUCUAACCACCCUGAGCGCCCCCGAGCCGGUUGCUAACACCACCCGCGACCAACCCGCCCGCCCCACUUCCAAAUCCACAGUCCCACCGGUGGCCGCUAGUGCUGGUAAAAAGAAACGCUAAGCUAACCACCCGAUUCAGCGCAACACACAUUUUUCACUGCUCUUUGUUGGCAAUGGCAUUGUACUCUCUCCCCAUAUUAUAGCGGUUCAUGUCAUAAUCUCCGAUGCGUUAUAUUUCCGGGUCAUGAUAGCUGAUGUUAGUAAUAAUGUGGUAAAGAAUUGGCCGUAUUAGGUGUAUGGAUGACUGUUUUAAUUUAAUUUCCACUGGCUGUCGCGAGAAAGUUCCAGUUUAGGAUUAAAUGAAAGUGCAGCGCUAGUGAGUAAUCUGGGUGCGAUGGAGAAAAUAUCAGAUUUGAAUAAUUCAGGACGAAGCACAUGACUUGGCCUUAUUUAGAAUUUUUUUAACAUGAACCUGUUCUGUUUGGUUUGGUAAAGCAGAGUUUCAUUUUUUGUGCAGCAUAUCCAGCGCUACUGUUUCACUGUUCGUUUUUAUUUUGGUU